CUAUGAAGGUUGUUUGGAACCGAUAGGGACAGCUAGGGCCGUGGAAGUCGGCCGGUCGGUCGGUUCAGUCGCGAUUGGACAUGGUGGGACGCAGGGCGGCGAGUUUAAUGCUAGGCCCCGGGGCGGGGACGUUCUAAGUACAUGAAUGGCCGAAAACCGCGGCCGAAGCAGCAAAGCACGGUGGUCGCCCGGUUUCGGCCCCAUCGCGAUGGGAGUGGACCUGCCCUCUGCCCUGGUCCCCUCCUUUGAACUCUGCGUCGCGCGUGGUGUGGCGUUGCAUACUGUCUGUGUGGUGCUAUCGCCUGGCGCGAGGACUGCGCGUCAGCAAAACUCCAUGAGCCAGCCAGCAGCGAUGAAGUAACCGGCUAACCGCGAACCUACGCUGCGACUCUUGCCCUGCCUAGCCUUGUGGGAUUUGUGAGCCGGGAUUACAGCCCGUGAUGGAACAUGGCAAGGGGCAGGAAAGCGUAGUCCCGAUGUGUGUGGCUCCCACCCGUGCCCACAUAAAUGCGUAGCAAGAAGGGACAAGGCAUUGGUGCGUCGUUCGCGCGCUGUUACUGUACCGACGGUA